AUGCUGAAGCCAAUAGGGAUUAAGGACAAAAUUCAACGGAACCUGCUGAAGGACUCCAAGUACGAUGAUGAAAAAUCCAUUGUCAACCCCCAUGAGGGAGAUAAAGCCAGCAUCCUCCAGGAGACCAGAGUCUUCUCCAGUUACCCCCUAAACACGCAAAAGUGCAUGCAAAUAUUGACAAAAAUUUUAUACCUCAUAAAUAAAGGGGAAGAAAAACUAACACCACAGGAGUGUACUGACAUAUUUUUUAACAUCACCAAAUUGUUUCAAUCCAACAAUGAAAGGCUACGAAGGAUGGUUUAUUUACUCAUUAAAAGUUUGCCAGUCAAUGAGAAGGAAGUUUUUAUUGUAACAAGUUCGCUCACGAAGGAUAUGAACUCAGCUAAUGAUUGCUAUAGGGCCAAUGCCAUACGUGUGUUAAGUAAAAUUAUAGAUAAUUCUAUGGCUACGCAAAUUGAGCGCUACUUAAAAACAGCCAUAGUGGAUAAGAACCCCUUCGUUUCUUGUUCUUCCUUGCUUUGUGGGUUGAACCUAUAUUUGAAUGCAUCCUGCGAUAUAGUGAAGAAGUGGAUUCAUGAAGUUAGCGAAUGUAUAAACAGCAAAAAUCCGAUGAUUCAAUUUCACGCCUUAACGUUGCUGUGCUCCAUUAAAUAUCAAGAUAAAUUAGCGUUGGAAAAAAUUAUCGCUUCGUACAGUAAAAGCUCAAGUAAUUUGUCCGGUUCGUUGGCCAACUGCCUCUUAAUUAAGUAUGCUUCUUGCUUGAUUUAUUGCACUGAGGUGGACAGCGAGUUGGGCAAUACGAAGCACCUUCCCCCCGGGGCGACGACCCCCCAAGGUUCUAACCAGGUUGGUAGCCCCCAUAGCGGUUUCUCUACCACGCAGGCGAACCAAUAUGCAGGAAGAACGCAUGACAUGUACAACAUACAAGAUUACGCAACAAAUAAAGGAAACUUCAUCCACCCCACCACCAAGGUCUGCUUCGAUUAUCUGAAAAACUGCCUUAAGAGUAAAGAUCCGAUUAUCCUUUUUGAGUGCAUUAAGUGCAUAUUUGAGCUAGCCAUUUACGACAAAGGAGGGAGAAAUUCCACCACCGUAUUUAACGUAGAUAUACUGAACGAGUGUAUGAAGGUAUGUCAGGUUUUUUUAUUAUCAUCCAAGGUGGUGGACAAAUUUAGUAUAAUCAGACAGAUAAAUAAGUUGUCUCAUCAUAGACCCCAUGUUGCAUCUAAAAUUAAUCAAGACAUAGAAAAUCUCCUCACGGAUAGCAACAAAAGUAUCUGUGUCUUGGCAUUCACCACGUUACUGAAAACAGGAAAUGAAGCCAACAUAGAUCGACUGCUUAGUCAGAUUAAUAAUUACAUGAGUGGAGAUAACACCUUUUUUAAAAUUCAAAUUAUAGAGGAGUUAAAGAAUUUAUGCUUUAUCUACCCGUCUAAGUGUAACCUUAUCCUCAGUUUCCUCUCCAACAAUUUGAGGGACGAAGAAUCUUACCAAUUCAAGUCCAAAACGAUAGAUGCAAUUAUUUUAAUUAUUAGCCAAAUUCCAAACUCAGAAGAAGCAGCCAUUUUGCAACUUUGUGAAUUUAUUGAAGACUGUGAGUAUAACUCUCUUCUCCUCAGGGUGAUUAGAUUUCUGCUGGUUCACAUUCCCAAAACGACCACCCCGUCUAAAUACAUAAGGUACAUAUAUAAUAGGCUCAUUUUGGAAAAUUCAACAAUACGGGUCGAUGGAUUAUAUGCUCUCUUUCAUAUUGCCCUAAAAUGUGGUUCAAACUCGAAGGAUAUCCUAUUCCUUUUGAAUUGCCUUUUGGCUGAUAACGAUGAUGAAGUCAGAGAUCGCUCCAAUUUUCUGUAUCACAUUUUGAAGGAAAAAAUAAACAAAGGGGACCACCCCCAAGGGGAAGACUCCUCUGAGCAUUUACCCCUCAUUGAUGAACUACUGACAAAUGAACCACCUACCCAUUUGGACAAUCUUCUUUACUUAAUCCAGAAACAUGUGGAGGACAAUGUGACGGAAGAAUUUGACUAUAACAAUGCCAAGGAGGAAAUACAAAAAAUGGGAGAUAAUACAUUUAAAGAGUUAGUAACUCCUUCUUCGUCCCCCAACUUGAAAAAGAAAAGUUCCAACGCGGAUGCGUAUGGUGGAUCCCUAAAUGGGACAAAAUUACCUGAACAGAAUAUGGAUUCCAUCCUAUCAGAAGAUGUGUCUAACCUUUUAGAGAAGUACCAAUUGGGCGCACUAAAAAUGGUAGGCAAGUCCGUACCACUAACGGAAAGUGAAGCUGAAUACACCGUCCUUGUGAAGAAGUACAUUUACGAUAAGCACAUCUUACUAGAAUUUAUCAUACAGAACACAUUAACUGAACAAAUCCUGGCAGACGUAAAUAUGCAAAUAAACUCAUUCGAUAAAAAAUGGACCAUUUUAGAAAAAACUACCAUUCCUAACUUAUACUUUAACGCCCCACAAAAUUUGUAUGUCCUCUUGGGAAGAAACACCCCCCCAUUGGAAGCACCCACGAAUGGAGACUACCAGGUCAACCAACACUUUCAACUUUCCCUGCACUUCCUCACCAAAGAGAACGAAAUGGACAAUGGCUUCCCCGAUUCCUACUCCAUUAACCCCUUGAGUAUACAAAUUACCGACUUUAUUUACCCACGAAUUUUACGAAAUGGAGAAUUCAAACAUAUCUGGGAUAGCAUGGAAAAUCUAAACUCAGAAGCUGUGAGCAAAUUUAGCCUCAAUUUCGAAAAUAUUCAGCUUGCCGUUGUUGGGUUAUUAAAUACGUUAAAUAUGAUGGCAUGCGAUCAUACCGACAGUGUGGAGGCCAACACCAGCAACCAUAACAUGCUUCUCUCUGCUAGAUAUAUGAACGAAUCCCAUGUUCUGUGUAAGGCGUCCCUCAUUCUUUCGCAACAGUACGGCUGCUUGUUGAAGAUCGUGUGCCGCUCCCACGAGAGGCAACUGUCGGAGAUGCUCCUCAAGUCGCUCGAGUAG